UCGAGAUCAAAUCUAAGAACAGCGGCUCUGUCUCCAGGGUUCAGGAGGCGGUUGCCAUGGAGCCGGCCUGGCGCCAGCAGGGCCGGGGCCGAGGCCGCAGCCAGGAGGCCCAGGGCGAGAGGUCACGACCCCCGCAGGCAGAGAGGCCGGCAGCCGCUGCAGGAGCGUGGGCCCCGGGGCGAGGAGGGAGGGCGAAGAGCACCGCGGCUCCUGAGCCUCCGCGAGAGUCCGUUCAGUCCAAGUUCGAGGAGAUCAAGAAGUCCAACCAGGCCGCUGCUCAGCGACUGGCAGAGACCCGCCUGAGCUCCUCCUCUGAUGAUGACGACGAUGAUGAUGAAGGAGAUGUUGACCAUAAGGAUGGAAAGAGGGGCAAGAUCCUGGCGUCGACCUUCACCACCUACACUGACCAGACAGGUGGCGAUGGCUCAGGGCUUCUCAGGACGGGUCAGUACGUCAGUGACCUGUUUCAAUCCGGAGCUCUCACCUGCCUCAUCUGCAUCGGCUCCGUCAAGAGGACGCAGGCGGUGUGGAGCUGCGCCAGCUGUUUCUCCCUCUUCCACCUGCCCUGUAUUCAGAAAUGGGCCAGAGACUCGGCCUUUCUCGUCUCCUCCGUCACUGAUGAAGACUUCGGUCAGAAGAAGCAUCCCUGGCCCUGUCCAAAGUGUCGAGCUGAAUAUCCACCCAGCGCCACGCCCAACAGGUACAUGUGUUACUGUGGGAAGCUGCAGGAUCCUCCAGCUGACCCCUGGUUGGUUCCUCACUCCUGUGGCUCCAUCUGUCAGAAGGAACUUAAACCCGCCUGUGGACACACCUGUCUGCUGCUCUGUCACCCCGGUCCGUGCCCGCCCUGCCCAAAGAUGGUGCCAGUUUCCUGUAUGUGUUGCAAAUCAAAGCCCCUCCCCCGUCGCUGUAGCAACAAAGCCUGGUCCUGUCAGAAGCAGUGUGGCAGGUUACUGCCCUGUAAACAACACACCUGUACACAGCCCUGUCACACAGAGUGUUCUCCAUGUCCUAGAGUCAGCGUUCAGAAGUGUAUGUGUGGUAGAGAGAAGGCAGAGAGGCCAUGUGCCAGCCCUGAGUGGAACUGUCAGCAGGUAUGUGGUUCUGUCCUCUCCUGUGGGAAUCACACCUGUGAGCUCUUGUGUCACGACAGAGUCUGUCCUCCAUGUCCCCGCUCCAUCAGCAGAUGCUGUCCCUGCGGCAAGACCAAGUCAUCUCUGCCAUGCACAGAGGAAGUGUCUCUGUGCGGCGACACAUGUGACCGACGUCUGUCAUGUGGAAAACACACCUGUUCAAUGAGGUGUCACCGAGGGAGCUGCGAGACCUGCAGACAGGAGGUGGAGAAGGAGUGCAGGUGUGGUAAAUACAGGAAGUUGAUGCCGUGUCAUAAAGAAUAUCUGUGCGACUCCAAAUGUCCCAAAACCAGAAGCUGCCAGCGACACCAGUGUAGGAGAAAGUGUUGCCCCGGUAACUGCCCCCCCUGUGACCUGAGCUGCGGGCGAACUCUGGGGUGUCGAAACCACAAGUGUCCCUCUGUGUGUCACCAAGGGAGCUGUUAUCCGUGUCCAGAGUCGGUGGAGGUCCCGUGCACGUGUUCCUUAACUGUUCUGGUCGUCCCCUGUGGUCGAGAGAGGAGCACCAAACCACCUCGCUGCAAAGAGCUCUGCGGGUGUCCUCCGUCCUGUCACCACCCGACCAGAGAGACGCACCGCUGCCACCCCGCGACCUGCCCCCCCUGCAGGCAGCACUGCCUGCUGCCGCUGCCCAGGUGCAGCCACACCUGUCCGCAGCCCUGCCAUGACAUGGUGCUGGUCAAGUCCCAGCAGGUGAAGUUAGCAGGUCCGUGGGAGCAGCCGUCUGAACCUGCGUUUGUGAAGAAAGCUCUGCCCUGUCCACCAUGUCAAGUCCCAAUACCAACGUCCUGUUUUGGGAAACAUGAGGUCAGUCCGGUGCCGUGUCAUCGUCGGGGUCCUUUCUCCUGUAAACGACUUUGCGAACGACCUUUGACCUGUGGCAACCACGACUGCAGCAGGUGUCAUGUAGUUACCGAGCGCAACAAGUGUGAGGUGUGUGACGAGGACUGUUUGAAACCCCGCCCCCCAGGCUGUCCCCACCCCUGCACACGCCACUGUCAUCCGGGCGACUGCCCUCCCUGUGGUCAGAUGAUCCGCCAACGCUGCCACUGCAAGAUCAGCAUGCUCUACGUGGAGUGCACGAAGUUGAUGUCGGCUGAUGAAAAGACAAAGGUGGAGCUGAGCUCCUGCAACAACCAGUGUCCUAAAGAGCUGAACUGUGGUCAUCGCUGUAAGCAGGUGUGUCAUCCAGGUGUGUGUGAGGAGAAAUGUCAGCAGAAGGUGAAGCUGCGGUGUCCCUGCAAGAGGAUCAAGAAGGAGCUCCUGUGUUCUCUGUCCACUCAGUGUGAUGUUCAGUGUGACGACGCCUGCAGAGACCAGCAGAUGAGAGUUAGCCAGCUGAAGGAGGCGGAGCAGAGAGUGGCUCAGGAGGAGGAGCAGAAGAAACUUCAGGAGGAGCUCGAGGCAUUUGAGAAGCGUCAGCAGCGAGGAGGUCGGCGGAGUAAGAAGCGGGGGAGGAGAGAGGAGGUGGACGACGAGCAGGGGAGGGUGGGGAGGUGGUGGAGGAGGUGCGCCGCCAUCGUCCUCGUCCCAGUGGGCGGAGCUUUGCUGUCCGCCGCCGCCUACUACCUCCUCACCACGGCGUGAGCUGACACGUGAACACACAUGUUGACGGGAACAUGUGAGCACAUGGCUGCCUCUCUCCGAACUUUCUCUUUUCAUUCUUUUGUCUCAUCUACUUGUUUUUCUGUCGUCUUUUACUCUUUGUUUGAUUCUUCUUUCUUUUAUUAAACAGUUUUUUUGAAAAUGUAUGUAUAAUCCCUGACGUAAACAACCACAAUUAGGGCUGAAAUUUAAGAUCAUUUAAAUUUUUGAAUAAUCGGAUUAUUUUUUCCAGUAUUAAAUGAGCUGACAGUAAAUGAGGAAAAAUGUUUUUUUAUGAAUUUUAUAAUUUUCCAUCGUACGUUGAGUUUCACCUCAGUUUGAGAACAUUUCACUGAUUUAGAUGAAAAGCUGAAGAAGGAGAAAUCAACAUUUCAAUCAACAUAAAAAAUCUUAAAACAACGAACGGAACAUUUUGCUUCGAGUUUGUUAACUGUUAAAGUUAUUUUCGGAUUAACGCUUAUAUUCUACAUCAAAAUGUAUCUUUUAUUCAAUAUUAUUGAUGUUUUCAUCUUCUGUAUGUUUCAAAAAUUGUUUAAAAAAUGUGUUUAUGGGUCAUAACCUGUCAUCAAUUUCUUCACGGACGUGGAGAAAUCAAGUGUCUUGAUUUGUUAAGUGAGUGUAAAAAAAAUAUUGACGCUAUUUGAUGUGAAGACGUCUCCGCUAAUAAUGUCAGAAACUUUAAACACGUCUUUUACUUUGGUGCUGAAACAUUUAACAGAUGUUAGAACGUUUAAAUAUAAUUUGUCUUUUUGUUUUUUAUGAAAAUAAACGUAUAAAACUGUCGUAGUUUUGUGAUUUUACGAUUUCUGUCCCACAGCUGAGAGUUAAAGUUGAACUUCUUUAAUUACGUUACUACUCGAUGAUAAUGAGAUUUGUUUACAGGAGUGAACAGACAGGGGGCGCUGUUCCUCCAGAGCUAGCUGUUAGACAAUGGACUGAUGCAAACAGAAAGUUUUCAAACUGGAGUUAUUUAAUAUACUGUUUUUUAAAGUAAGAAUAAUUCUGUAGGAACGAGCUGAGAAAACCCACAUCCCAUGUCAUUCGUGAUUUGACACAAUAAAACUUUCUUGAAUCCA